AUGGACACCCUCAUUUCAUCUCUCGUUCUACACGGCCCACACGAUCUUCGCUAUACACGCCGCCCUCUCCCGCCCCCUCCUCCCCAUCACGUUCAAAUCGCCGUUCUCUCUACCGGGCUCUGCGGGUCUGACCUGCACUACUAUCUUCACGCGCGUAAUGGCGCCUUUGCUCUCCAAGCACCCCUCGUCCUUGGCCACGAAUCAGCGGGAAUCAUCACCGCCGUUGGACCUCUCGUCACGCACCUUCGUCCCGGUCAGCACGUCGCUAUUGAAGCCGGGAUUCCUUGUGGAUCAUGCGAAUAUUGCAGAUCUAACCGGUACAACCUCUGUGAGGGGAUGCGCUUCCGGAGCAGUGCCAAAACUUUCCCCCAUCUCGAUGGUACGAUGCAGACGCGGAUAAAUCACCCUGCGAAAUAUGUGCAUGUGCUGCCCCGCGGGGUAUCGUGCGAGCAGGGAGCACUCGCCGAGCCUUUGUCUGUCGUAUUGCAAGCAUCGAAACGGGCUGGAGUCUCGAGAAACACGCGCAAAGUACUUGUGUUCGGGGCUGGAGCUAUCGGGAUGCUGGCUGCUGGACUCGCGCGUUCAAGGGGCGUGCCUGUAGAAGCAAUUGCCAUGGUUGACAUUAACCAACAACGGCUGGCAUAUGCAAAAUCCCGUGGACUUGUGGGAAAGAUCUUUUGUUUAUCGCCGCAGGCCCCAGCAAAAGGCGUUGAUGGUCUCGAGCGGAGUAGAGCCCAAGCGGAGGUAUUUGGCGGAGGAUAUGAUGUCGUAUAUGAAUGUACUGGUGCUGAACCGUGUAUUCAAAUGGCUGUCUAUAGUGCGAAAAGCGGGGGAAAGGUCCUUCUCAUUGGAAUGGGCACGCCUAACGCUUUGAUACCCAUAAGCAAUGCCGCUACGAGAGAGGUUGACAUAAUAGGGAGCUUCCGGUAUGCAGACACGUAUAAGGAGGCUCUUGAGUUACUUGCUAGCAACUCAAUACCGCCAAUAAUGGAUCUCAUAACCCACCGAGUGCCCUUCAAUGUUGACGCAGUAAAGAAGGCGUUCGAGGCUAUGGCUAAGGGGAAAGAUGAGAAGGGACAACUAGUGAUCAAGAUCAUCAUUGGUGCUGAAUGA